UUUUGAUGUUCCAUGAUUUACACGUGUCGUUUUCUAACCUGUAACCUCAUUUGUUUCUGUUUCUGUUGUGCUGUUUACCAAGAUUCGUGGAUCCUGUAUUCGAAAUCUAAUGAAAAUAGAAAAUUAUACCUGGAAAUAGGAAAAAAAACGGAACUUUCAAGUUAUCUAUCUAUCAGCAGUGUGUUAGAAGGAAUUAGGGAAAGCGAGGAAUAUAUUCGGAAACAGUAAACGUCGUGAUUUCUGUGGUGUCCACAAACUUAAAGGCUCCAAAAA